UUGAAAAUGAAAAUUUUAUUUAUUUUACUCGCUGCUUUCACACUAACGUAUAGUAAAUUAAUUUUUAAUAGUCGCGGUGCAGUGAAAUUCGAUAAUCGCAUUAUCGGCGGAGAGAAUGCCGAAAAAGGAUUUGCACCAUAUCAAAUAUCACUACAAAAUUGGUGGGGAUAUCAUAAGUGCGGUGGUGCAAUAAUUAAUGAAAAUUGGAUACUUACUGCCGCACACUGUCUUACAUAUACCGAACCUGAUGAUUUACUUGUAGUUACCGGCAGCACAAAAUGGCAGGAACCAGGUGCAAUCUACUAUAUCGAUAAAAUGUUUUCACACUGCAACUUUAAUACACCGACUCAAGCAAAUGAUAUAGCCUUGGUGCAUCUAAACACUUCAAUUGUUUUUAAUGAUGUUACACAGCCAAUACCGUUACCGACCAAACAGAUGACCGAGGGAGAUGACGUUAUAUUAACUGGUUGGGGAAGUUUAGAAGCUUGGGGGGACACCCCGGACGAUUUACAAAAAAUUACAGUUAAAUACGUACCCCAUGAGAAGUGCAAGGUAUUGUUUGGAGAAUAUGACUAUGUAGAUGCGGGACAUAUAUGUACAUUCACACGUGAAGGUGAGGGUGCUUGUCAUGGUGAUUCUGGAGGUCCACUAGUAAGUAACGGCACCUUAGUUGGUCUUGUCAAUUGGGGUCUUCCGUGUGCUAUAGGUUAUCCUGAUGCACAGGCAAGUCCAUUGUUUUAUCGAGACUGGAUAAGGAGAAUUAUGAGUGGAAAUCAUAAGUGCUAAAUAUUUUUGAAAUGAAAUAAAUAUUGUGUUGUAAUUGUGAUUA